UAAUCCAAUGUAUUAUCAACAAUACAAUGGACCAUUGAAUUAUGAGCUUAAUAGCAGUAAUGGAUUAAUACCAUUGGAACAUAAUGACUAUCCACUGAUAUCAGUUAUAAUAAAGCCAAUUCCUUCAAUUACUGAAACAUCAUCCACUGCUAGUAGUGCUGCAGCAAUAACAAUAUCUAUUACAGAUAAUGUAAUGAGACCUAAUAGCAUUCUUACGUCAAUAGAAGUCGUACAUGACACUACCAGUUUACAUUCUACUGCCACUAUUUCCUUACUGAGUACAACAUCCUCAUUCCUCACUAAUGCCUUUUAUAGUACUUCAAGUAGUAAUGUUACUACUACCUCAAUGACCACUAUAAGUACACCUGAUCAAAGUACAGGGAGUCUAAUAAUAGCAGGAAGUAUUAGUAGUGUAUUUAUAUUACUGGUAGUUACUAUACUAGUAAUAUUAAUAGUGAGUGUAUUAGUGUGUAGGAGAAAACAGUUAGGUACUGGUUAUGCUAAUGAUGAUAGUAAAAGAAUAGUGGAUGAACAAAAACAAGAUGAAGGAAUGAAUGUUCUCUCAAAUAUACCUGCUAAUAUAUGCUACUUAUGGUGUUAUUGGUGGAAAUAAAAGUAUGAUAGAUUGUUAUACUUGAAAGAGUAUAAUUUUAACCAAUUCUAACGUAAUUAAAGUAGAUGAUGUCC